AGCCUCGUUGUAUGAACUAUCGAGUAUACUCAUAGAUUUCAUUUUUAAUGGGCAUUAAUUUGAUAUAUAAUACUCUGUGAUAUAAUUUGUAGUUUGAGCGGUACCCUCCUGGAAAAACAAUUUUUCCAACCCUGUAUUAAAAAUUUAUUCCGUGAUUUUGAUUUAAACUUUCAAUAUGUAUAUGAUACACAAGCCGCAGCUGAUAUCCUUUUAAAACGAUCAAAGUAUUUAUCAUUAUUGCUGGAAUGUUUUGAAAUUGAUACUGUUAAUCUUAAAAAUAGUUAUCAAGGAUACAAUUGGUGGAAUCGAAGUAAAGUUCGAUCGAUCAGCCAUCUGGAAUUCUUCUUCGAUACAAAUUAUCUAAGAACAAUAGCAAAAAUUUAUUAUGAAAAUGCUGAUUCCGUUGAUCAAAUUUUAGAAGCAUAUCCAGUCGAUCCUUUAUUUAUUGAACGCGUUGAAAAGAUCGUGCCAUCGUUAUCAUCCUAUGAAAUUAUUCAAACAAAUCGCACGAUAAACAGUGCCAAAAUGGAACGAAAAAACAUCAGGAGAAAUUAA